AUGUCGGAAGUGAACGAUCCGAGGAAGUGCUUGAAGUGUAUGGGGAGUGGUCAGAUUCUACAGCCCUUCCACUUCAUGAACAUGGUACUGCAAUUGCCUCUCCAAUGCAAUCACUGCGGUGGGGCGGGGUGGACCGUCGUGUGCCUGGAGUGCCAAGGGAAGGGCUCCCACAUGAAAGUGGUGCUUCAGCAUGGAUGGUUGCCUCAGCAAGUGCAGGAGAAAUGCAGUGGCUGCGCUGGUUGGGGCAAGCUGGCGGCAGCUCGCCAGUCGCCUGCCAAGCGCAAGCGGGUUGAACACAUGACUGGUACAGAAAUGAGAGAAGAACUGCGUAAGAUGAAACGCAAAGUUUCCGGGACGAAGGCAGAGCUUCAGAAAAGGCUUGAAGAGGUGUUCGAGACCAAUGACCGGGGUUGGUUGACUCGUGGAGCCCCGGCACUUUCAAAGGGCGCCUACCUGGAAAGUGGGACGUUUCGCGAUGUCUACAUGGUGACUUAUACCAAAGGCCCACGAAAGAAUAUGAAAGGCGUCUACAAAGUCUUCAAGGACCAAAAGGCAGAGGUUCUGAUCCAAGAAGAUUUGAAGGCUGUGGAGGAAGCAGGUCGCAUCAUCAAAGCCUUCAACGAGUACAAUGAUCAGUGCAUCGGAUCAUCCGCCAGACGCCGAGUCUACCUCAACCAACCUGAGGUUUGGUCGUUGAACGGCCGGCCGAUUUUAGUGGAACCCUUCAUCGAUGGCACCUAUGCAAAGUUCAAUUCAAACAGUGGAUGGGUCAAUGAAGGCUACAAUAUGAUGCAGGCUUUGUCGCAUUUCUCAUUUCAUGUUUCAAACGGUCAGCACCUCCUUUGUGACUUGCAAGGGGGCGGAUACGACACGCACUAUAUUCUCACCGAUCCGGCCGUGCUGUCCCUUAAGCAGGAAUUUGGUGCUACAGAUGGUGGGAAGCGGAUGAUGAAGAAUUUCUUUGCACAUCAUUUGUGCAACGAGUAUUGUGAUCCAAGCUGGCUGUGUAUGGAACGACCCAAAGUGGUUGCUCCGGCGAGAUCCGGCACCUCCUUCUUCCCAAAGGCCCAGCGAUCCACAGCCAUGGAUGCCUUUCGCAAUGCAAAAUUCAAUCGUUGGUAG